CAACUAGCUGUUAGUGCACAGAUAUUUGCUAUUUUGUGACCAGUGCUCAUCCAAAUUUUUUUACAGCAGAAAAUUGAUACCUCCCUCUGUGCCAGAGACAAGUAAAUGGUGCCAAUCUCUGGUAUGCAUGCAGUGUAGUCAGUAUUGAAAGCAGCAGUCAGUGUUCUCUGCACUUUCAAACGAGAGAGAGCUCUCACGCUUCUGCUUGAAGUCAGUCAGGAGUCAUGGCAGAGGUGAAUGCUGCUUCGGAAAACACAACCGGCUUGGAAGUUCUGCUAUCAACACUCAAGAAUUCCCAUGAUAUGAAAAGUACGCACAGCAUCUUGCAAAUCCUGGAUGCACUGCUGUCAGCGGGUACAGUCAAGCGGGUCAGUUACCUGAUCACGAAGGGGGGCAGCGAGGCGUUGCUACACACGCUGGUGAACGUGACACAAGUACUUCCACUGGAUUAUGACAUCAUCUUGCCUUUAAUCUGUUUAAUCGUCAAAGUUGGACAAAGAGAUAAGAGGUUUGGACAAAAAGCUCAAGAAAUUGGAGCCUUAAGUGAGAUCCUGAACAUAACGAAGUGUAGUCUACCCCAAGCCAAGUACGUCACUCCCUGUUUGUGGAUCAUCAAGAUAUGUGCCUCUAGUGUCACAGCAGGUGCUGCGAUGGGUAAGAGUGGGAUCACCAGGUUUGUGCUAAACCUGCUCUCUCCCUACACGACUACGAACACAAAGGCUAUAAGAGCUGCCACAGAAGCUCUUUCAUCCUUACUGAAGUCGAAAUGGAACAGCAGGCGAGCUGCGGACAGUGGCUACAUCCACAGGCUCUUGAAACUAUAUGAGGACUGGCAUCAGCGAGACACAGCAAACCACUAUGUUCCUAUCCAGCGGGCUCUGCUCAAAUGCAUCAACAACAUCACCAGUCUCCGCAAGGGAAAGAAAUCCUUUCUCGAGGCUGAUGGGAUGAGAGUCCUGCUCAACGCCUCACGGGCUUGUGGCUCCAGCCCAGACCUACACCCAGUUAUCAAGUUAACUACACAAAUUAUGCGGAAGUGUCACCCAAAACAACACCUGCCUUUGCCCAAGCUGCAAAGCUGCUAUUCAUUUGUAUCACCAAACGCAGCCCACUCCCAGUUGCUGGUGGGUCCCAGCGACACUGUGCAAGAGGAUGUCACAGCUGAAGAAAAUGAAGACCAGGAUGAUGAUGACGAUCUGAAUGAGAAUGAGGAACCUGGGUGCAGUGAAGAUGAAGAUGAUCUAGAGACAGAUCUAUCAAGACUGAAGCCCAACCCUGAGCUCGAUAGACCUGUGGAGGAGUUGAAACAGUAUGAACAACUUUGUCCAGAACUUGUUGGAUAUUUUCAGGAUUCAGACCUGGAUGACCAAAGUUUCCAAGAUGAGGAUGCACCGUGUUCCAUGGUCUUCACACCAUCAGGCCCCCUACAUCAGGAGGACUCCAGAGUGUGGCACAGAGAUGGUUUUGGGAAAGAUUCACCAAAGCCGCACAAUCCGUUUAGAAACAGAACUCAUCAAACAUCUGCAUAUGCAUCUGGCAUUGGGGGGGAAGGUGGACCCAAAGGAUUUCCAAAGAAUCAUUUCACAGACCCAACUAAACCCAGUAUCACGAACCAUUCAAAGGAUAAAAUGAACGAAAUGCAUUUGGACAUUCAGAAGGGUGGUGCUGACUUGUUGAGAAUAAAUCCAGCUUUACACAGCCCACACGUACACAGUGGUGCUUGUGAGAAACAUGGUGGAGCCCUCAAUCCAAGUUGGGCCAUUGGUGGAGAGCACGAGGGUCAGAAUUCUGUACAUAAACUUCUAAAAGUCUGCAAGGAACUAAUUCCUUUCCACGACCCGUAUAUUUACACCAUCAACGCCGAGGAAACAAAGUCUGUGGCGAAUUAUAAAACCUUGGCGUUUCCAGAUUAUUGGGGUCACGUACCACCACACUCCAAAGAGCCGCUGGUGGGUCGGUGGUGCGGAGGUCAAAGGGCUAAAAUCUUUGAAGAUAUUCAGCGUUUAGUCUGCUCUGGGGAUGUCCUGAACAGGGUCAUAUUGGACAUUGAAAGCCCUUCAUUGGUCGCACCAGGAGAUGACUCUUCCCUGAAAUUCUUUUCAAACUUUGAGUCGGGAAAUCUUCGAAAAGCUAUUCAAAUUCGCAAGUAUGAAUAUGAUCUGUUAAUGAAUGCUGACAUCAACACAACCCUUCAGCAGCAGUGGUUCUACUUUGAAAUCAGUAGCAUGAGAGCUGGCAUCUCAUAUCGAUUCAAUAUUAUUAACUGUGAGAAGACAAAUAGCCAGUUCAACUACGGGAUGCAGCCAGUGUUGUACUCAGUCCACGAGGCAUUGUGUGGAAGAGCUCAGUGGGUCCGAGCAGGCACUGAUAUCUCCUAUUACAGAAAUCAUUAUUUCACUCAAGGAGCAGAGGGUAAAGGAGGAAAAGAGACAGCGUUUUACACUUUGACGUUCAACAUCACGUUCCCGCAUUCAAAGGAUGUCUGCUAUCUGGCAUACCACUACCCGUACACCUACUCAACGCUAAUGACUCACCUGUACCUGCUGGAACAGUCGAUCAAUAGUGAUCAAGUUUACUUCAGGCACCAAGUGUUGUGUUCCACGCUGGGCGGUAACGACUGCCCAGUUAUCACCAUUACCGCAACCCCUGGCACCCAACCUGAACAGCUGCAACAAUUUUGGAAUCGCCAGUACAUAGUCCUGACAGGGCGAGUCCAUCCGGGGGAAAGCAAUGCCAGUUGGGUCAUGAAAGGGACCCUGGAAUUUCUCAUCAGUAACAACCCCAUUGCUCGCUGCCUGCGUGACGCCUACAUCUUCAAAAUCAUUCCCAUGCUGAACCCAGACGGGGUCAUCAAUGGCUGCUGCCGCUGUUCUUUGAGCGGAGAAGAUCUGAACAGACAGUGGUCAGAGCCAACUCCUGACCUCCAGCCAACUAUUUAUCACACAAAGGGACUCCUGAGCUACAUGAAGAGCAUUGGCAAAACCCCGCUGGUUUACUGUGACUACCAUGGACAUUCAAGGAAGAAGAAUUCGUUCAUGUAUGGAUGUAGUGUGAAGGAGACACUGUGGCAAUCUGAGUCCAGUAUUGACACAGCAACUCUGAAGGAAGACAUUGGCUAUCGAGCCAUUCCCAGAAUUCUGGAGAAGAUUUGCCCGACGUUCGCCAUCAAUCGUUGCUGUUUCUUGGUGCAGAAAUCACGGGAAUCCACGGCUCGGGUGGUGGUGUGGAGAGAGAUCGGCGUUCUCCGCAGUUACACCAUGGAGAGCACCUACUGCGGCUGUGAUCAGGGCCGGUACAAUGGUCUGCAGAUCGGAACCAGGGAGCUGGAGGAGAUGGGAGGCAAGUUCUGCACGGCACUGCUGAAGUUGUCACCCAACAUGCCGCUGACGUGCCAGGAUGCUGCCCUCCUCAACCUGGAUAGCGAGCUGAACAAUGACAAGAACUUCUCACGCAAUGACGUGAGUGUGGAUGACGAGCCUCCAUGCCCAGAAGACAUCGAUUAUUUCACGGACAAUGGCACCGAGGAUGAAGAUGAUGCGAUUGAUCUCCGGCCCGAGGUCACCAACUGCUGAGGGUGAACUCCACUGAGAUGUGGUGCACAUUAUAGACGCAACCAAUGAUGCCCCACUCUGAGUGAAGGGUCAAGGCCGUGCCAUAUACCAGCGACACCAAAUGUGUGGAGAGUGGGGACUGAGCAAAAGGCUGCAGAAUGCCGUUUGUACCUUUCACCUUCGAGGUGAACUGAACAUUAUCUACAGCGACUGCAUCACCCAUGGAUCUUGCUCAGUGUUUCAUUAUCCUUCAAUAUCUAAUUACAUUGCAGUAUCCUGCUUGCCCUCAUACCUCGCUGAAAGUAGUCCUAGGACAUCCGUAGUGGAUCACUGAACCUGCAUUGCUGGAGGACCUCCCUCCAGGAUGUGUCAGAGAGUGGAUCUUGGCAUGGAUGCACCCAUCACGUCUCCCCGCAACCACCGAGUCUUUGCCAGCUUAGCUUCCGUAGAUCCAUGAAUCUAAAUCACACCAAUAUAGCCAUAGAGUGUUGGAGUACAGACACAGGCCCUUUGGUCAAGCGAGUCUGUGGCAACAGGUUCUUGGCCAAAGAUAUUCCAAGAGCUCAUAGUCCCUUGACCACAACUGCUGUGGCCAAGUACCCUGGUGCAUCCAUAGUGUGGGACCGUGCUGAAUGCUAAAUACUCUCGCCAUUCACUGGACAUUGGUCAACAAAUCAGAGACACAAGAAAUAUUACAGAUGCUGGAAUUUGGAGCAACACACAGGCUGCUGGUCAGGCAGUGUCUGUGGAGGCAAAGGGAUGGUCAGCAUUAUGGGUUUCUUCAGUAAAUAAUGCAAUUUUUCCUCCACAUGGCUGAAAGUCGUGUAGCACAAUGCAGCUUUCCAGGUAGUUAUUAGAGUCUGUGAGCUUGGUGCUAGCCAAUGCCUGGUUAUAACAUUUCAUCAGGUCCUUUCAGAGGGGUUUAAGAAGGAACUGCAGAUGCUGGAAAAUCGAAGGUAGACAAAAAUGCUGGAGAAACUCAGCGGGUGCAGCAGCAUCUAUGGAGCUCCAUAGUCAA